CUGAUAUCAAACUUAUAACCACCGUCAUUGGGACAUGCUGAAGCGCACACUUGCCUACCAUGCCGGCCGCCAUGUCUCUACGUCUCCUCGAUCUGUGACUUCUGCGCGAUCUCCUUUUCAUCAUGGCGCACGUGGCUCCCGUGAGUCUUCUGCCGCCUCCAACUCAUCUGUGCAGCCCCAGGAGCAGACAAAGAGGAAGAGGGCAAAGAAGGCAGAUUUCUCCUUGUCUGUCGCCCACGAAGAGAUCAUGCUGGAGUUCCUCACGGAGAAUCCCAUAAUCUGGGACCGCAAAAGGAGCGACUACAGGAGGGUGCACAAGAAGGGCAAGCUGUGGCAUGACCAGGGCAUUCUCAUGGAAAAACCUGAUUUCCAUCUUCAGGGCUGGUUCAAAUCCCUGAGGGAUACGAACACACGUCUCCAUAAAAACAAGAGUGGGGAUGGGGCAUCUGAGCUGACAGAGAGGGAGCAGUGGAUCAAGGAUAAGUUUGUCUUCCUGAAGUCUGUUGUCCGUCACAGGCCUGAGCCCUACAAAAGUAUCAAAGCUGCCAGUGAUGAACAUCCCGGUGACCUAGACGCUGCUGAAGCUGCGUGUGCAGAUCUGCAGCUCCUGUCUCCUGAUGCCAUGCCCUCUGCCUCCACCUCCACCUCCACCUCCACCUCAGUUCCCCAUAAGGGAAUGGGCAAGCGGGCGAAGGCGCAGGAUGAUGACGAGGCUCUCCUGUCAUCCCUCCAGCAGUGCGUUGAUGAGUCUGGUGCAGCCCUCAAAGACCUGCAGGCCAGACGGGAACACCAGCAGCCGGUCACCCAGCGUAGCGUCUUCGCCAACUACGUACGUGACAGCCUGGUAACCAUGUCCAAGCGGAAGUUCAAGAAGGUGAGGUCAGCCAUGAACCACAUCCUGUCCGAGGUGAUGGAGGAAGACAGUGACGCCGAUGAGACGAUUAGCUAUUUUAAGAUUGAAAAUUGACAUUUUGUGCAUCAGAAUUCAAAUUCGAAACGUUUUACUGCAAUGAUCACAAAUGGUGCAGACAAACAUUUAACAGCAUCAGGAAACAUCCGCAGGUUUUUAUAGCCUGCCACCUUUCCAUGAUCCUCUCCGCUGUGCCUCCAAAAGGAGAGGGAGAGGAGGGAGGAGGUGAAGGGCAGGAGCAUCUCAUCUCAGAAGUCUCCUGAGUUUAUAUUCUUUUUCUGUAUUAUUCAGUUAUUUUUGUAUUUCCUUCCAUGUCGCCAAGUGAAUGUACAUUUGUAAUGUAUGCGUGAUUACCUUGGUGAGUGAAUGUGGACGUGUUGUGUAGUGUCAACGCAAUAUUUCAGUUGCUUGAAUUGUCAUGUGGUGUCUCCUCCAUGAAGAAUGUAAAAGGGGGAUAAAAUAAAAAUGUUUUUUUUAAGACA